UAUAUUUAAUUAACGGUGUGUAUGUUUUGAGGGAAAAUGGAAGAGAAAUCCUUCCUUCCCUAUCAUAACAAUGGACUUCCCCUCAAGUUUGUGCCUGUUAAAAUGAAAGAUGCUCUUUAAUUUUUUCAUAACAAUGUGAUUUUAUUAUUACUUUCCUUUUUUUUUCUUUUUUUUUUUUCUCUCCGAAAGAAAAGUAGACUAUUUGUUUCCUUUCCUUUUUAACCAAAAGUAAAUAGUAACUUGUGUUUCAUCCUCUCUAUCCUCCCUGAUUCCAAUCUUUCCAACCAAACAUGCCCUGAACAACAGAAUCAAGAUAAAAACAAAAAAAAUAAACAACAUAACUAAAAAAUAUAGGUCUGUCCGUCGUAGAAUCUAGAUAAAUGGCGGUGACAGGGAGAAAAAAUUGACAAAGCGCGUCAGCACGUGGGUACAUACGUCUUGCCCUGAGACAGUAGACUAAACAUUUUAGGGGUUGUGUCCAGUGUUGUCUACCAGUUUUAGUUUUUGGACAAGAACUUUGUUAUCGUCUGUGUAAUUACCGCCACAUACCAAUUUUUUUAUUUAUCCAACAAACCUUGUUUCUUACUUCUUAUACAAAACUAAUCUGUGAUCCCAUUCUAGUUUUAUCAGGGUUUUCAAGAAUGGAGAAUGGUAAUGGUGAAAGUGGAGGUAUGCAAAUACUUCGAACAUUUAGUACUUUUGGUGCUUCUUCUCAAAUGGGUAGUUCUAAUAUGCGUCAAAGUUUUAAUCCUGAUAACAGUAAUAGUAAUAAGAGAAUCGGUGUGCCUCCAUCUCAUCCCAAUAAUCUACAAGUGAUUAUGGCUUCCCGGUCAAAUUCGCAUAAUUUGAAUCGAGGAGCGUUUUCUCAUUCAAGGUCUUUGUCUCAGUCUGCUGUUUUCUCUUUUGAUUGCUUGCCUCCAUUGAGUCCUUUGCCCUGUUUAUCUUCUGGGUCCAAUCAAUCUGAUCCAGUUUUGACUGAUAUUUCAAUUGAAGAUAAGGGUUUGUCAGCUCCUUCUCCAGUUACAGCAACUAGUGGUUUAAAGGUGAAUAAUGAUAGCCUGCCUCCUCGUAGAGGACAUAGGCGAUCAAUGAGUGAUAGUGUUCCAUUAGCAUUUUCUGCAAUGAUUCAAGCGUCUCCUCAACUUAUACCAAUUGGGAAAAAUUCAGGGAUUGAAAAGCAAAGUGCGUUGGUGAAACAUGAAUUGGAUGGGGAUGGCAAUGUACAAGGGAAAUCUCAAGGUGAGGUUGUGGAUGAUUUGUUCAGUGCUUAUAUGAAUUUAGAUAGUAUUGAUACAUUGAAUUCUUCUGGGACUGAGGAUAAGGAUUUGGAUAGUAGAGCCAGUGGUACAAAGACAAAUGGCACUGAAAGUAGUGAUAAUGAAGUGGAAAGUAGAGUAAAAGAUGGGCUUAAAAGAAGUGCUGGUGGAGAUAUUGCACGGGCUCCUCGCCAUUCUAGAAGUCUGUCAAUGGAUAGUUAUAUAGGAAAUUUGCAGUUUGAUGAUGAGUCUUUGAAGUUUCCUGCCCUUGGACUUCAGGGGGGCCAACAGUCACCUAGAAAUUCGAUUGAUGGGAAAUUGGCUAACUUCAAUUUGGAAUUUGGAAAUUCUGAGUUCACUGAAGCAGAACUUAAAAAAAUUAUGGCAAAUGAGAAGCUUACUGAGAUUGCAAUGGCUGACCCCAAGCGUGCCAAAAGGAUAUUAGCCAAUCGUCUUUCAGCUGCUCGUUCCAAAGAGCGGAAAACGCGAUACAUUUUAGAGUUAGAGCAAAAGGUGCAAACUUUGCAGACAGAAGCAACCACCUUGUCUACUCAAGUUACAGUAUUACAGCGCGAUUCUACUGCUCUUACAAGCCAGAACAAUGAAUUGAAAUUCUGUCUUCAGGCAAUGGAACAGCAGGCCAAACUGAAAGAUGCUUUAAACGAAGCAUUAGUAGCAGAAGUUCAGCGCCUAAGGCUUGCUGCUGCAGAGCUGAGGGGGGACAUCCAUCAACAGCUUCCUAUUAAUCAGCAGAUGUUGAAAUUGCAGCUUCAGCAACGUACCCAUCUCAACACCCAUCAGAUUGCGCAAGAGGAACAAAAACAAUUGUAACAACUAACAUCAGCAUAACCAACUGGAGUCCCAACAGCAGAAUCUGGAGGCUGCUACUAAGUUGAAAUGAUAAAUCCGGGGGUUGGGGUUCUUUUGUUCAAUCCAAAUUGCACAGUGUUUGAACUUCUUAUUUGAGAUAACAAUAGUACAAAGUCCUAUAGAAAGUUCCUAUAUUCAUUUUUUUUUUUUUUUUGUGUGGAUAUUAGUAAAGCUUUUAUUUGUUUAUAUAGGGCUUCUUGUGCUUUUGCAAGUCUCUCUCUCUGUCCUUGUGUUUUCAGACAGCAGUUAUGAGUUUAUGCGAAAGGUUCCAAUGGAGAGAGAUUGUGUAACUGCAUUUUUUGGAUAAUCAAAUAACAUUUCUGACAGUGAUUCCAUUUGAUAUAUUCCAUAGUUGUAUUAUGAAUAAAAUUAUUCAAGUGGAUGGCCUCUUC